AUGCAACUGAACCUUCAGAGUCUGGAAGAGCCGCAUUUUGUCAGUCCCUAUCACGAGCUUCGGACAGAAGUGAAUCAGCUUAUUUUGGGUGUGGACGCUUUGCUGCUUCGCAUCCAGAAUCUUGAACGCCGGAGUGUUGAUUUGCUUUCCAUUGCAACAGAUCAUUCCCAGCAGCUUCGUGCGUCUCAGCAAGAAGACCUGCAGGUGCGUGAAAGUGUUCGGGACCUUGCGGAUCGUGUGCUCGCGUUGGAAGAGCGAGUAGAGUCGCUGCGCCUUGACACUGAUUCCGCUCUUCGUAGGGCUGGAGAUAACGGGAUCCAGGUGGCGUGGUGGCUGGAUCAACAUAAUCAGCUGCGUUCUUGGGUCGUCAUUAGUGUCCUUUCCCUCUUCGUCCUGCUCCUGCAGGACGAUCUCGCUAGUGUGGUGUCUACUGCCGUUUCGGCAAGUGACGCAGACUUGGCAGGGGCCGGAUGCUUGAAACUUGUUGUGUCCAAAAAGUGGCUAAAGAAAUCGGGGCAAUGCAGGGCAUGGCAAGAUGAGCGAGAUGCGGCUCGCAAUGCUGCGCUACAGUCUUGGAAAGCUUUGAUUAUGGUUUCGGGCACAGGAACCAAGUUGGGGGCUAUCAUCCUUGAUGCAGCUGAAGAAGACGAAGAGCUUGUUCUUGAGUCGGUCCGGGAUGCUUUUUCAGGCAAGGCCACGUCUACGUUACGCAAUAGGGCAAACUCGUUGUUGUGUUACGGACGAUGGAAGGCCUCGCUUGCAGCUGAGCAAGUCGUUGCAGUGUUUCCGAUCACCGAGCAAGAAGCUUACAGGUACAUUUGCUACAUGCGGCGUGAAGGGGCACCGGUCUCAAGGGUGUCAAGGUUCGUGCAAGCCCUUGGGUUCGCCUGUGGUACCUUGGGAGCCAAGGUGUCUGAUGUGCUUGAGUCUCCAAGGGUUAAGGGAGCGUGCAGCAACACACAGCCCAGACAGGUGCAUAAGAAGGUGCCACUUACCGUCGCUGAGGUGGUCUUUCUUGAGACCUUGGCCGCAUCAAGCGCAUGUGUGGAUGCCAUCAUCGCAGGUUUUGUGUGUUUCGCUCUUCACUGUCGCUUGAGAUGGUCUGACGCAAUGCACUCAGAGGAGGAGCCAGUCCUGGAUGCGCCUGAGGGAAGGGGGUUUGUUGAGACGAGCCUUUACAGCUAUAAAACCGUAGCUGCCAUGAAGUUUCGGUUGUUGCCGGUUGUAGCCGUGCUACCGGGAAUGUCCAAGCUUGAUUGGGCGGGCAACUGGUUGCGCAACCGGAGAGACCAUAAUCUGGUGGCGAGCCGGAAUUGCCCGUUGCAGCCUGCGCCCGUGUCCACAGGGGGGUGGUCGGCAUUGCCAUUCGAGCCCAUGCAUGGGGCUAUGUGGUUGCGUGAGAAGCUGGCAGGUAUGCACGUUCCGGUGAGCCGACUUAGCGAUAUUGCAACUCACUCCCUGAAGGCAACGGUGUUGUCGUGGCUGUCACGUGCUGCGUGCCCGCAAGACUUGCAACGCAGGGCAGCGUACCACAUGUCAACCUUUGAGAAGAGUGCGUUGGAGUAUGAGCGGGAUGGACAAUCAGCUGUACUGCAUUUCAUUGAGGGCGUGUACGAGUGCAUCAUUCAUGCCAUGUUUUCCCCUGACGCAUGUCGAUCUGGUCGUUGGUCGGGAUGCAGGUCGGUUGAAGAGGGCAUGAAAAUUUUGGCAGGCGCCGUUGAUGAGGUGUUCCCACGAGCGACUGAGGGUGAUGGGGAUGCCAGUGAUUUGGAAGAUGAGUCGGAGCCCGAUGCACAAGGUGCAGAAGCUGAUUCCGAGGAUGAGCAGAUGAUGGCGGAAGUAGCUGUGCAUCAGGUCGCAAAGGCCGCGCCUAUGGCCAUGCCGGAGUGCAUAGCCUUUAGGCACUGGAUGAGUGGAGUUGUGCACUUGAGCCCUGUUGUGACUUCAGAUGACGAUGGGGAGGCAUGCGUGUUCAAGUGUGGAAGGAGGCAUGCCCUGUUUGUGCAGCUUGGGAAGGCCCGAGUGCUCGUGAGGCAAAGGUGCACGCGCAUUGGCAUCCCGGGAGCCGUUGUGAAGAAGCUUGCUACCCAUGGGUGGAACACUUAUGCUACCUUUGGCUUCUGCAUCCAGAAUCAUGCUGAUGACAAGUCGUUCGAGUCACAGGUCAUAGGACCCGUCUUGGGUACCGACCCAGCUAUGGUCACCCACGCUGCGAAGUUGCGUAGGUUGUUCAUGGAGUCCUACACUGUGUCUGCGGGAGAAAUCAAGAGACAGGCUGAGGCGUCGGAACAGGAUGCACCGCGGAAGUUGCCACCACAAGAGAUGGCAGCCCGAAUCGAGCUGUUGGCAGCGAAGAUUGCUCCCUUGAAGAUUCAGGAUCGCCUUGAGCCAUCCCAGAACUUGGUUAGUUUGGCGUGCCAGAUGUUGGAUGAGGGUCGUGUCAAGUACAUCUCUUGGGCGCAGUGCACCACAAGGUCGCAGGAGAUCAACGCUGUCAAGGAGAUCAAUAGCCUUAAGAUUUGGCAGCCAGCCAAGGAUGGUGUCAUCAAGGAGACGCGUGUGGAGCCAGGCAUGACAGCGGCAGUGGCUACGGAGCUUGAGGUUCACCAGGCUCUGCGUCGCAGAGGCAUUGCUUAUGCUGUGGCACAGGUGAUGUCCUUUGCCCGUCAUGAAGAACUGAUAGCCCUCUUGUUUGAUGAGUUGCAACGCGAGGCAAAGGCUGGUUUCCACCCCGUGUCGCUGGCUCAGCUUGCGCAAGCGGACAGAGAGAUUCACGUUCGGCUGGGCGAGGCAACCAGGGCAGGUCUGGUGAACGGACCUGGCGGUGAGCUCCCACUUGAUGUUCCGUUGACCCGUGUCUUGCAGAGCCCGGCGGUCAUGUGGUUGCUCAUGCCUCGUCUCAAGCAGGGGUCAGCGCCAGCAACCGAAGAUCCGGAGGCGGCUGAAACGCCCAAGAAGAAGAAGACUCGGAAGAACAAGAAGAAAGACCCGAAAAAGGAGGCGGAUGUUGAGACACCGCCUGCCAAGAAGCGUCGGGUUCCCAUGCCGAAGGCGCUGAUUGGCGGCACACCCGAGGAUCCUGAGGGAAACUCGCUGUGUUUCGGGUUCUCGUUGAAGACCUGUAAGGUGCAUGGACCGAAGUGCGACAAAGGUCUGCACAAGUGUUGCUUCUGCUAUGGGCAUCAUCCUGGUGUCGAGUGCAGAAGCAAGAAGACGUUACGUGAGGGCCAUGCCGUGUCCGUGCUUGACGAUGGGGGGGCCGAAGGGCCAAGCCUUGACGCUCAUGUGAAGCCUCCGGAGGGAGGUGAUCCGUGGGCGUCCGUGCAUCGUCAGGUCAAGGGGCCUAAGUUUGUGCAAAGGCGUUUGCAGCGUGUGCUUGCGGCUACGGGUCCAGUUUUGGUGCGCCAUGAAGCGGUUCAUAAGCCGUGCAGCCUUCAUGGUGUGGGACACUCGCCUACUGAUUGUGAUGCAGCUCAGCAUCCUGCUGAGAGACUUGCGGCCACGAUCAGCAAUCCUGACAACAAUGAUAUCCUCAGGCUGUUGAAGCUGUUACCGUCAGAGAAGCCAGCCCGAGGUGUUGAGCAGCCGAAUUCACAUUCUUUCAGCACAGGUGCUUUUUCUAAAGAUGGACGGGUCGGGGUGCGUAAUUUUCUUAAGGAGUUUCCUGUCACAUCGCGUCUCUUGACGGCUUUCGUGCGCCGACAUGCCCCGGGGCAUUGCUUUGGGGCCGUAGCGCUCUUUACCAAUCUUGAGGCAGAUUUUCACAAAGAUGUCAACAAUGAUGCAUCAUGUCACAAUUGGAUAUGCCCUCUCUCGCAUUGGGAGGCUGGCGGCGAGGUCUGGGUCGAGGACGAACAAGGCUCUUCCUGGCAAAAUGCCCGUGGUGUGUGGCGACGAGGCCGCCUUUUGCCCGUGCGACAGCGCCCUGUUCUCUUGGCGUCGCAUGACUUGCACAAGGUUUUGCCAUGGAAGGGGCACCGGGUCGUGCUGGUGGCGUUCAUGGGUGCGUUGGCACCGCCGAUGGUCCAGAAGGGCGGAUCAUGCCCCUGCGACUGCCACUGCGAGACAGCUGCUUUUGCAUUGGUGGAGGAUGCCCUUGCAGGGCAGGUGCAACCUUUUGAGCGGCAGAUGAUUGCUCAGGAUUUUCUUGAAUGGUGCAAUAGGAACACCACUCGUGUUAAGCCCAGGGCAAGACAAUUGGCCUCGGCUGUGAGAGCAGGGCCACUGAAACUGCCCCGAGUGGAAGCAUCACUGGGGGAGCGCUACGAAGCCAUGGUAGCACGCGAACCAAGGGUGAGUGUGCAAAACUUGAUUCGUCAGCUGAAAGCAAAGCGCGCGUCCUUGCCGGGCAACCGGGGUGAAGUGGAGGAAGCUGAACGUACUCGCUGGGCAAUGGAGCUGGCGGACAUAAUUCGCCAGGCAGGCUUCCCUGCUGCUGCUCGGUACGACGAGGCUGGGCAUCCACCGCAUUUCUGGAAGCGUGCAUUUGGGUCACGACGCUCAAAGACACUGCGCAACAGGGUGACGACUUACAGGAAAUUGGGCGAAUGGCUUUCGGCAACUUUUGACUUAUCUUGGCCGGCAAAUUCCGAGAUGGUCUUGAGGUAUCUGGAGGAGCGACAUGAGGUCAUGCCCUUGGGAAAGACAGUGCCCAGGUCUGUCUGCACUACGAUUGCACUGUUGGAGACCGUGGGCCAGGUGCCGAUGGAACAGCGGAUUAGCGAAGACGUGUUGCUUACGGAGGGCAUUCGGCACUGGACGAUGACGCUCGAGGAAGACGCUCCCCCAACAAAGCAAGCGCAGAUGUUCAGCAUUGCAGUCUUGUUGGCGUGUGAGCUCAUGGUCUGCAUGGAUGAUGAGGCCAUUGGUUUACGUUUCUACGCAUUCAUCUUGCUUUUGACUGUAUGGGCGACACUGCGAUUGGAUGAUCUUCAGCACGUGGACCCUAAGGAGUUGACCCUCUCGCAGCUGGGGCUGAAGUUCCCACUGAACCGCACGAAGACAUCGGGAGCUGGGAAGCCAGUGGGGCGGCUGCAGGCGUUUGUUAGCAGGGCAACAUCACUCACUGGUUUUGAUUGGAUCCGUGUCGGCUGUGGAUUGUUGCGAGAUACUGAGCUAGAUUUUCAGAGGGACUUCCUUUGUGUGAAUUUCGAGCAUGGCUGGGCAACAGCACAGCGGGAGUAUGUGGGGGCCGAUGGUGUGGCUGUGAACAUUCGAUAUCUCUUGAGACAUCUCAGAGCUCCGGUGCGCGGGAACAAUGGCAUGUGGCAGGCUUCCAGACCAGGGUCGCUGGUGCCCGAAGAGCUGUUAACAUUCUGGACCGGACACUCGGGGCGUCACACGUUACCAUCAUUGGCAGCAGCAUGCGGCAUCAGCAAAUCUCAGCGUGACUUCUUGGGGCGCUGGGCGGCAGCACAACACGGAAGUAACGAUUACAUCUUGACGAGCCGACAAGUCGUGCAUGGAAUACAAUCAUCGGUGUGUCGUACACUGCUUGAGGGAACUGGUCCGCCAGGCUAUGUGGAGGAGGAGUUGCACACGCUGAUGCAGGAGCAUGUGCAUGCUGCACAUGGGCAACGUCAGGUGGUGCGAGCACGUCAUGCAGUUAUGGAGUGGGAUGAGAGUCUCGAGACCUGGAAGCUCGGAGGCGAAUAUCCUAUGCUGCGUGUUCGACCUGAGGUACUUCCAGCCGUGCGGGGAGGCCCGCCAGAUGAGCGAGCUGUCCGGGAUGCACCGGUUGUGGAAGAGACUGCACCAUACUACGUGACUAUCUCACGCAGCGGCUUUCGCAGACUGCACUUGAGCCAGGCAUGUGCUGUCAGGCGGGAACGAUGCCUUGAGACAAAGCCGCUCUACAAGGUUACGGAUGAUUGUGCCGAUGCGGUCUGCAAGCUGUGCCAACGACACUUGGAUGCUGAGAAUGCAGAGGAAGACAGCGGAGUCGCCCUGGGUUUGCAGUUCCGCCUGACGCAGGCAUUCCGCACCGUCAAACGCUUUGCUGCAUAUGCUGAUGACCGGGCUGGCGUACGUACUGCUUUGCGAGACGAUCUAGCGCUGGAGGCAAAUAGCUUAGCCACGCGCGCAGCUGUAGCAUCUGUGGUUGGUGCAUGGGAGGCAUGCAAGGACUACACGCAGAAGGAGACGGAGCUUAAAGCAGAGGCGAAGGUGAUGGGCAUCGUUCGCCCGGUCACGCAAUCCGAGAAGGCUGCGAUGCGUGCAGCUUUCGAGGCCACCCAUGGGAGGCUGGAGGAGCUCUAUGAGCCGUCAGACGAUUACCUUUCCACAAAGCUUGAGGAGUUCAGUUCGCACGAGCCCGUGGCUUCCCUGCUCAGUGAGGUGACAAAUCGAAAGGCUGUCAAGACAGUGGGGCUGCAAACGUCGCUGGACAAGGGGGGACAGGUUCGCGUUUUGAAGACCCGCCAAAAGGGGCAGCUGCCGCAGACAACUGAGGAGUUUCGUGCCCAGCUGAAAGUGGAGGGGAACACGUGGAUCCUUCUCAGCGCCAAGUUCCGCAACCGGACAUUCUUCCGCGAUCUGACCCCGGCUUCAUGGGACAAGUACACUUCCUACAUGCUCGGGGAGAAGGUCUACCUGAUGUCCAUUCCAACUUCCAGCGGCAAGGGGAGGAGCGGUCAGGUUCCCCUCAGACCGCCUUGGGCAAUCUUGCUUUCGUAUGAAUAUGAACUUCGCAAAGAGGCAAUCAAGCGGGCAUACCGCGACAACCGCUCCUUGGAUGAGACGCUGACUGAAGUCGUUGCAUGUGCCCAGUUGAAAGAACAGUUCUUUACGUCACCAAUUGCCCUCCAGAACUCCGUUGAGCAGGCGCCCGCGGCCGAGUGGGUCACUAAACGUCCUCUUCCUGCUGAUGCGACCUGGGACAACUGGCGAUGGCAGAAGAAAGGGAAGCCGAAAGGAGCCGGCAAGUGGAGCAGUGGCAAAGGUGACAAGGGCGCCAAAGGCGACCGAGGCGACGGCAAAGCCAAAGGCAAGGGAAAGCUCGCGGCAAACGCCCCGGAUGGGCGGCAGAUCUGCUUCGACUACUCCACAGUUGGUUGCGUUGACAUUCUACGGAACAUUCACGAUGACCUAUCGGACCACUCGUUGUGGGAUACACUGUUUCGCCAGGACUUGGGGGUCUUGCUUGACGGCACUUGUCCUGCAUCGAUCUGGCAAUGGCAGGAGCUGCGCGAUCUGGUCACCGAGUGCCAGGCGGCCACUUGGCCCAUUCUGCAGUGCCUUUUUGACGCCGACACACCAAAACCCACGCGCUUCGCAUCCACGCUGCCUUGCUUUCGUGACAUCGGCCAGCUGUGGCCGCACUUUACCUCUGAUGGGCGAUACGCCGGCCCACUCAUGCCAUGUCCGCAUGCAUACCAUGCACGCCUAGUGGGUUUCAGAGACGGGGACUGGGUCACGAAGUCUCGGGCUGGAUACAACGAGACACUGUGCAAGUUCAUUGCUAAAUCUUGUCUUGGCGCACUUGAGCACAGCCGCGCCACUGGGGAUGAUUUCGCACCGACACCGCUGCCGUGCCCAGUUGAAUCCUUUGCUGCCACCACGCUCGCCUUGCGUGCCCCGACGAAAAAGGAUGUGCUGUCUCUGGCCCGCCUGUUCCCCAGAGAGGACUUGCAUCCAACCGCUGGCGCGCCUGAUGGCCUUGCCUUCUUUGCGGGUGCAUACUGCCGGGGUGGCGUUGUGGGCCUUCGCCGCCAUACCCGGCAAUACCCCAUUGCAUGCAAGCUGGUCUGCCUCUUCUUGCACAGUUUGGCACUCUUGCCCACAUUUACCUCUUUUGCCAUCUUCUGGAAUGCUGAGACGCAGCCGCAUAGAGACGCCCGAAAUUCUACACCCUUUAAUUUGGUGGUUGCUCUCACAAACUUCUCCGGAGGUGCCAUUUGGUAUGAGCACGCCUCGGGCACAGUGCGCCGCUUCGUUGAAGGUUCCUGGCGUCUUGGUUGUCACAUCCAUUUGCAAGAUGGCCCCGGGCUGCUGCCGGCCCGGGAUUGCAUCCAUUUCACAGAGCCCUGGCAAGGGGAACGUGUUGUGCUCGUGGCAUACUCCGUGUCACUCCCCCAUCCCUUGCCCGCCCCAGACCUUCUCUGCUUGCAGGAAUGCCAGUUUCCACUGGUUAGCACCCCUCCGGAAGGGCCCACUCCGGAGGCACCGAUAGAGCCUAAGCCACCCGCGGUAGUGAGUGCCGUUCUUGUUGACUCUUCGGACGAAGAGAUGCAAAAGGUUCCCAUGACGGCCCCGUCCGGGGUGGAGUUCGACCCAAGCACCAGCCGAGCUUUCGGCUCACCCAUUCUUUGCAGACACAGCCCUGACCAUCGCGAGUUCGUGGACGGCUUUGGAUUGUGUUCUCCGGGAAGAUGGAAACCCGAAGCACGGGAUCAACUUGCAUCACCCAUAGAAAAGGAGCAUGCGAGGCUUGUGGGCGAAAUCCUCGAGGACUGCUUGCGCAAACAGAAGUGGGAUCUACGCGAGAUGGCGUUCAAGCUCGCUGCAGGCAAAAUCGUGCUGGGCGAUCCGGACUUGGCGAGGCAGGUGCCCGAGCGGCAGCCCUUCUUGCUUCCCCUUUUGAGCCGAUCACUGCAAAUGUUGGGGGACCCAGACUUUGAAAUUUUGUGCAUGGGCCCGGAAUGCUUUGCCGAGGGCGUGCCUUUGGGGUGCGAUGCCCCAGUGGAACACGUGGCCCAAGUGUUCCCUCUUCGCACCACUUACCGCAAACUGGAUGAGAGCGAUUUCGAGCCAAUAAUGACAAAUUACAGCACCGCAGAGAUGUCAGCUGAUCAGUUGGAGAAACACUUCCAGGAAGAUGAACAAAAGGGGCUCAUGAUUUGCACGACUGAGAAGGCGGUGGAGGAAGAAUACGGACCUGGUGUGCUACGGGUUGCUGCCAUGGGUGCGGUGACCAAGCCCAACGGCGAUAUCAGGCCGCUACAUGAUGGCACGCAUGGAGUACGAGUUAAUCUUGACAUCAAGGUGAACAACAAGCUGCAGAUGCCAGGCCCCGAGGACCUCAUGGAAAUGGUUGCACAGGCGCAGGAUACGCGCGAAGCCUCCUUCUCGAUUUCUGCGGACAUCAGCCAGGCCCACAGACGAGUCAAGAUCAGGCGCCGGGAUUGGCCAAGACUAGGAUGCCGGGCCCGAAACGGGAGCCGGGAGAUUUGGCUAAACACUGUAGGCACGUUUGGCAUAUCCUCUGCGUCCUUCUGGUGGGGCAGGCUUUUCGCCCUACUCGGCCGGUGGGUCCUUCGUGUCAUGGGCAAGCGCUGGAACUCUCAAGUAGUUUUCGUGGACGAUCUCCACCUCACGGUGGUAGGAAAGCACAAAUUCCUGCACCUGUGGAUGGUCCUGCUUGCGUACGAACUGAUGGGCGCACCUUUUUCCUACCAUAAGUUUAAAGGAGGGUUGGCCGUUGACUUCAUUGGCUACCAUUUGGAUUAUUACACGCACACGGUUGGCAUUUCGGAGAAGCGUGCUGCAUGGAUCGUUGCUUGGGUUGACCGAGUGGAGCGCAAUGCAUGGCUUGUGUCAGGACGUGAAUUGUCCGAGUUUACCGGUCGCAUGAACUUUGUGGCGCGUAUACUCUUGUGGGCAAAACCCUUUCUCGCACCAUUGUACUCUUGGCUUGCCGUCAUCAAAGGGGGUACGGUGGCACGUGUGCCAGAAUUGGUUUGCAUCUCUCUCACGUUUUACAGGCACCAGUUCGCGACAGGACGUAGGAUGGAAGACGUGGCGUUCCGGCAACCACCACCCUGGCAGGCUUUCCGCACUGAUGCGAAGUGUGAAGACAACAGGGUAGUGCUGGGUGGUUGGUCGUUGGCUGAGGGUGUUGCCCCCUUGCAUGCAAAAUGGUUCGCGGUUGAACUGCGGCCUAGAGAUGCACCCUGGUUGUUCAAGGAGGACGGCAGCUCCCAAUGGGCCUCGACCUCGGGGGAGCUCCUUGCGGCGUGUUUUGCACUUUAUGCAUUUGGGCAUUUGAGCGGCGAAGGCAAGAAAAGCACCUUCCGGAUUGCGUUGACUGCUGGGACCGACAAUAAGGCCUUGCCUAUGGUGCAGCAAAAGGGGCUGAGCACGAAGUGGCCACUCCAGGCCAUUCAUAUGCAGAUGGCCAGUGCGCUCCGGGACCACAGCAAAGUUCUCCGCUUGCAAUGGAGGCCUAGGGAAGCAAAUGUGGAGGCUGACGACUUGACGAAUCUUAAGUUUGAUAAGUUUGAUUUGAAAAAUAGAGUGAUGGUUUCUUUGAUGGACUUGGACAUGAAAAUUUUCCAGCGACUUGUCGCAGCACGAGACAACUUUGUUUCGCUGCGGGAAGCAGUGAAGAUAUCUGCCGCCAACGACACACAGUUGAACAAGAAGCAGAAACUUGAUUCAAAGUCUCCGUGGUGA